GCUGCACAGACCUAGGAACAGGAAGUAUCCUAUUAUGGCAUGGUGGUUCUCAUAUAAACUUCCGGUUGGGUGUGAGCUUGAAGCGAUCUCUGCAUUAAGACCCAAAUCCUUGUAUGUGUUUUGUUUUCAUGACACUCGGAUAUAUAACAAGAAUAAGGAUUAUCAAGGAUUGGUUGUCUUGAGCCAUCAUAGCUCCCUUCGGGUUAUUCCGUGACCGUUCGUGUGGGUCGUUUUCGUGGAUCCGUCGUCGUUAAACGGAUAGUCUAGCUGAACGACCUUUUUUUUUCCCACUAUCUAUUUUUGACCAGAGUUUCCAGUUAAAAUGUCCAAGUCUCUGAAGAAGAUAGUGGAGGAGAGUCGGGACAAGAACCUCCCAGAGGUGGAGAUGUGCGACAGAGGCAUUUCCAAUAUGCUGGACGUCCCAGGACUGUGUAAGUUACGAGAAAGACUUUCACUCACAUACCGAGCUAAAUGAGGUUUCUGAUACAGAGUUAUGAGCUGUGUGUUAGCAGAGUUUUAGUUGGCAGAGUAUCAGAAACUCUGAGAAAGUAUUUAUGAGGGAGGACGUUUCAGCAGCACUUCCCAUUUUUGGGUGUAAAGACACAUACCAGGACUACGCCUAGAGCCACAAGAAAACUAGUAGUAGAUUUUUGCCUAUGACAGGUACUGAAAAAAGUCACUACUGAUACUAAUGUAGGGGAGACCGGGGCUUGUUGUCACAUUUUUACACUCGUAUAUAUCUUGAAAGCAAUACUUCAUAUAUAUGAACAAAAUGUGUACCAGGUAAAAGACCAAAGUCUCAGGUAUAUGUUUCAUACUCAUGUCAUUAUCAUAUCUUGUGUCAGUGCAGAGCAUAGACUGUACAUAGAAUGGACAGCAUCUACCUUCUUGCUGGGUGAAGCCACUCCGAGAACAGCACCCUCUGGUGACUGGCUGCAGUAUAGGUCAUAAAUCCCGCCUCCGCCAGCAAAGCUUUUGGAGCGGUGGACAAACUUCAGAAAUUUUUACACAAAACAUAAAUUUCUCUUCCCUCGCUUGCAGUGUUGACAUGUAGUUACAGUAAAGGUCCUUUCACAUCAGGACCGCUUUUUCCGUGCGAUUAUUUCGGAUGUCAGUAUUUUUUUGAACCCGUAUUCUGUCAACACAUCAGCGACGUUUUCCAGUCCUGCGAUAUUACGGCAUUUAUUUUUCAGAUUAAGGGCGAUUUUUCUAAAGUUUCACAUACUAUGUGUCCACUUCUGACCAAUCAGAUUUCGUGAUGUUGUGAUGUCAGAUUCACCGGUAUAUCCAACAUGGCUGACCUGUUAGCUAAUUGUUUACGUGUUGGAGGACAGAGUGCUUUUUGAUAAAAGACACAAACAUUAUAAAGAUAACGGCCAGGUGCCUAAAUCUCUCCUCGAACAAGUCCACGUUUCACUGCUAGGAUUUUUCUCUGGAAGAAGCUCAUUUUAAAAUAUAUCAAGUUAAUUUUUUUUACUUUGGGUUGUGUGAAAUGGUUAAUUUGCACUCAGCUCACAAUGUGCUCUUCUCUUCUCAGACAGGACACGGCCCCUGAUCAUGUAAAGGAAUAAAACUAGUAUUCCUCUUUUUAGUUGCGCCCUCUGGUGGCAAAGAUAAUUGCAAUGUGACAACUUACCCAUGUGACAACAAGCCCCGGUCUCCCCUAUGUGUUUUCCGCAUUACUUUAACUCUUUUCAUGACAAUCUGUUUGUUUGGGGGAAAAAAGCAAAAAAAAAAAAAGGCAUAAAACAAGACGAAAACAUCUGAUUGUAACAAAGCGGAGAAAUGUUAUUACUACAUACCUACACAAACCAAAAGCAGCCAGAAUUCACAGAGCCAAUGACAUCCAGGGAUGGUGGUUGGAGAUGAAGAUACUUGCACAAUCCUUAUUCGAGUCUCAGCUGAGUUUGUCACAAAUCACGUUUACAGCUGGUAAUCUGUAUCUGACUUUUUAAUAACAUCAGGUUACUGUAUAUAUUCGCUGUUUUUGUUAUACCCUUUUGGUGUUUCUACCUGGUGCACAUCUCUCUGCUCAGCUGGUGUCUGCGUGUAAACUGUAUACCAGCCUAUACUGUAAACCAAAGACUGACCCCCAAAACUCAAAUGCAUACGUACAUUAAUGGGGUCAGAAAUCAUGUAUAGACAUAGUGUCACAAAUUGGAUAACAUUAAAUUAUUUAAGAUGUAAUCCAGUGCCCCUCUUCUGUGUGUGUCCCAAGCAUUUUAUACAUAAAUCAAAAACCUGUUAUUAUAAUGUUGAAGAGGUUAUCUAACCUUUCAAAGUCCCUGGGACAUUAAAAAAUCACUUUCCCCUGAGCAGGAGCUUUUCAAAGAGUAAAUCUUCUACCCCAGAUCUAAAAUGACAUCAUAUAACCCCGUCUUUGAGUGUAUUCAGGCAAAACUAAUACAGUAUAAUCUUGAAAUAAUAAAACUUUGCAAAUUACUGAAAAGCAAGUAAUUAAAAAAAAAACAUCUGUGUGGUAUAUGUAACCUUCAAGAUGUAGCAGUCCAGCUGAAUUUAUAUACUCCAGUCCUCUGCAUGUACACCAACAGCUGUGUUGGUCGCAGCGCUUCAUUGAUGUAAUGUUCUUGGUCGUUUCAGUCACUCUGUCGAACAUCACUCAGCUGGUCCUCAGCCACAACAAGCUCACAGGUGAGUUACUCCCUUCAUUACCUCAGCUUUCUCACACACAACUAUUAACAGUUGGGAAAGGAGUCCAUCACACCAGGCAGGGGCUGUAUUACACAUUUGUUGUUUACUGUUGCGUCUUUGCGUUAUUACAUUGGUAGUUUAAAUAAAAUAAAUAAAAAUAAGUCUCAUAAAGGAAAAACAAACCUCCUGAAUGUUUGGCAAAACCAUGACCCAGAAAUUGAGUUUAGUUUAUAACAGCCAAAAUAUCCAAAUAAGGUCCAUUCCUUAAGUUUGGUGCAAGAAUGAGCAAACACAAAUUACAUAAUAUUUUUAAAUCUUUAGAUUAAAUUAUACAGUAAUUUCUCCUUGAGAUAAUUCUAGUAAGUAGAAGGUGGCCUGAAAAGACAAAACUCUCUUACAGUACAACUACCUUUAUAUUCUACUUAAAUACAGUACUCUACAAGUCACCUUCUCCCAUCACUGUGUCAAUAAAUUUUAACUACAGUCAUAGAUUUGUACUUUCAAACAGUGCAAUUGAGUGACGUACCAGCAGAGGUCACUACAUAUCCAUUAUUAUACUUCCAGUAUGUGUUUUAACUUGUUAUGUGAACCUUAUUUCGAAUAAAGAGGUUCAGAAAGCUUAACAAGCUCAUAUUUUUCAGGAAAGUGUGCAUCUAUUCAUUAUAUAAGUGAACCAACAAAGACAAAAAAAUUGUAGUUAUGAUGGUUUUCUCUGCUGGGAUUUCUCUAUUUUCCAGUGUAAGAAAUAAAGGUCUGCACAGUGAAUGACCAGCUUGAAAUAACACGUGAUUAGUCACAAUAUAAUGCACUUUAAGUUAUUGAGAGUUUUCUCCCCUACAUUAUUGCAAAUAAUAUUCUGAUAGUGUGACAGAAAAAAAAAAAAACAUUAUUAUUGAAUCAGUAUUAAACACUUACAAUCUCUAUCAGUAUUGUCAGGAAAGGCUGUAAAUUUUUGGACAAUUUUAACCUAAAAUAAACAGAAGCAUCAUUAUUUUAAUUAUUUUUUUAUUUUCCUGAAAUUGGAAGAAUUUUGUGAUGUUCCUUUUUGCUCCUUCAUUGACAUGUUCACCUGCUGUGCUUUCUUAUCUCUAGCUUGGAUGAAAAGAUAAGACACAUCUCACUCUGCCAGGUUAUUUUUAGCCCUAGAUCAGACAAACUGGUGAUAACAUAAUCGGCGUAGUUACCCUCCUGCAGGCGCUCUCUCGCAUAGGUGUCAGAGAGAGACAAAAAAUGGGUGGGAAGAUUUAACGGGGUUGUCUAGUGGUCCUCUCAAGUACAGGUAAUUUCCCCAGGACUGCAGUAAAGCACUCGUACAGUCCAAGUUUUGAAAAGGAGUCCUCUAAAUAGCUGUUUCUCCUGCUUUGAAUUAGCUGUUUCACAUUUCCAUUUCUGAGCCUCACUUGGACAUUUUUUCUCAGACACCUUUGGUUCUUUACAGAAAUUCCCACUGCCAGGCAAGAGCUACGGUAAUGUGUCAGUGUAUGGUGGUAAUUGGGAGUCAGUUUUCCAUUAGAUAGACUAUAGAGGAAGCUUCUUUUGGUUGCUCCCCAGUGCUAAAAUGUUUUCAUUGUGCUCACACACAACACUAAAAUCUUUGUUACACAAUUUUCCCUUGAGAGGAUUGCAGGGCUUUUCUUUUUUGACACCAUCAAAUGUGCUGAUAGCACACCGCUAACACAAACAACAGGCAGAAGAUCCCAUAUGGAAAUCAACAUCAUAUUGUGUAUUGUGUGGAGAACCACAUAAAUGCUGUAGUUAGUCUACCUGGAUUGGUUGUUGUGCUGGUCCAUUGAUUUAGCUCUGGUCACUGGCCCAUAGAGAGAGGGGGCAGCUAAAUUAAAUUGAUUCCUGAGAUCCUCAGUAAACCAGUGGGACCUUUAUAACCAGUGGGUCUUUACUGAAUCUUAUAGACCCCAUCUAUCUGUAUAUCUAUUCCACUGUAAACACUGGCACUGUGAUCCCAAUAAGAUCUCUGGAUGUAACGGAAGGCCGCUCUGAAAAAAGGUCUGUUUUAAUCUUAAAUCUUAGAUAUUAAUUUGAAUAAAUUGUGCAGCAUGAUAGCUAAACAUAUUAUUUUACUAAAGCCAUAUACCUGGUCAGGAUCCCCUGUAUCUCCACAGCUGAUUUAGUCAAAAACUUUGAAUCAGAGCAGCAGACAUGCACUGUCACAAACAUGGCAGUAUUAGGAAACAGUUAGUCGCUGAACACCAAGACAUGAAAUAGUAAAUAUCACAAGUUUUACCAACUUCUGCACCAGCUGAAGAUUAGGGGUGGGAGAAUUUAGUGGGAGAUUUAGCAUAGUAUUGCGAUAUUUUGUCUGGUGAUAUAUUGUGUCGUCUCAUUUACCAAGUAUUAUUUUUUCAAAUUAAUUGCUAAUUUGAACUCAAGUAUACGAUGAUGGAAAAAUAAAACUACUUGUUUUUCUAGUGAGGUCGGCAGAGGUGAAAUCAUAGAGCAGGAGAAAGUUAGUGCAAAAAACAGUAACUGGCGAUGGACAUUAGGAAUACACAUGAGGUUUGCAAGAAGCGCUACAUGAAAAUAAAAUACUGCGUAAAUAAGACAAAUGUAAAGGGAAUACAAAUGACAAAUCAUCGAAGCAGUUGAAAAAAAUUUAUAAAUUGUAAUAUAUGUUUGAAAUCACAAUUAUAUUGAGUUGUGGCCCAAGUAUCGUGAUAAUAUCGUAUCUUGAUUCCCACCCCUGCUAAAGAUUUAGGCCCUCUGUCAUCCUCAUCCUUUGCAGGCACCGUUUGACUUGCAUUUGCGACUAAAAAUAGAUGUGUGCGAAUUGUAAAAUAUAAAAAGUAAGUGUUAAGCCCUGCUUUUCCUUGCUCCCUAAUAUUAAUUACUUGUUUGAAUGUUGCAUCCUUUUUAAUAUCCUAAUUAGUAGAAAUCAGAGCUGUUUUGUUGUAGUAGAUAUAUGUAAAUCUCAAAGAAAAACUGAGUUGUGGUCCUCCAAACACACACACACCAAGCUCAGAGUGAUAUAGUAUCAGUAUGAUAGACCUCACCCCUCUAACGCUGAUUCUCCUUGCAGCAUUCAGGUCAGGGCAUGGUUGGUUUACACUUCCAUUGCCUUUAUCUCUUUCUCUCACCAUUGAUCUUCCAGAUAAUCCGCUAAAUGUCCUGCUCUUUGUUAUCAGCUCAUUGAUCUGUGUCCGCCUCUGUGACCACAGACCAUGGAGGAAUGAAACUGUAGAUGGAAUUAAAGAAACAAAAUGCAGCGUGUUGCUUCUCAAAAUUAGCUUCAUUCGGCUUGAGGGUCGUCAGAGCAGCUAAUGUAGUUAAUUAUGUGAGAGUUUAAGAUGAUUCAGAGUUGGUUGUCGGGAACUGGGACUUCAGCUCACCACACUCUGUGGAAUAACUUAGCUGGAAACAAAGAGGUUGUUUCAUGUACCUGUCACAUCUUCUCUUUUUUGUGUAUUUUCCAGCGGUGCCUGCUAACGUCUCCGAGCUGAAGAACCUGGAGGUUUUAAAUAUGUUCAACAACCAGAUUGAAGAGCUGCCUACUCAGAUCAGCAGCCUGCAGAAGCUGAAACACCUCAACCUUGGGUAUGUGCCCCUCUAAUUAAUAAUUUCAUUAAAGUAUGUCUGCUAAAUGACUUGUUUGUGUUUGUACCUAUGUGUGACAUACGCGCAAACACAUUUCCAUAGCAACAUUAGUAAGAGAGGUUUGAUUCCUCGCCUGUUUGGGAGACACGCGUUUGACUGCUGUGUGUAUGAGUGCAGGCUGACAAUGACAGGGCGUUAGUGAAAGGAGGAUUAGGGUGGGAGCUUGUGUUGUGUAUUGAUCCACAAACAAACAUCAUCUAGGUAGUGUAAGCCUCAUACUGAUAUUCAGGUUGUGCAUUCACUUUUCACUGUGUGUUUGUCUUUCUGUAAGGGGUGUGAGUGCGUGUGUGCGGGCAUGUGCGUGUAUAUUUGAGAGUGGUCAGGCAUCUGUGUAUUUAAACCUUAAUCUCAUUUGUCAAACAUACAUAAUAGAAUUGGAAUAGAAUAGUUGUCCAUAUACACCUAUCAGUCGCAGACACAAACACACACACACAAAAAGAGCCUAUCUUUCUUGUCUGCUAAUCUGUCUGCCCAGGCCUUUGAGUCGCUUCCUUCUUAUUCAGUCGCUGACGUUAGUGGUGGUAAGACCCAAAGGACUGACAGCAAACAAACAGCAGAAAUGUGUAACUAUGGAGACCAAAGACUGACCACGACUAGAAUGAGAUUUCACAGUAUUUUACCCUAAUUAAAUCAAAAUAAUAACCACAACAUGAAAGGACGCACCAAUAUUUGAGACAGUUUCAUUCAUUGAUCCAAACUAAUCAACAUCACGGCUCUGUAAUUAAUCAGUCAUUCAGCUUUUAUUCUGAAUGUCCAUCCUUGACUGUUCUCAGGUGAACUAAGUCAUUUCCUCUUUGUUUGGCUUCCUUCUCAACUGUGUGAAUCGAAGCUGAUUCUGACCCAGUUUUCAUUCACACAUCUGCCCUGGAAGUCUGGCCCACUUACGCCAAAUUACAAGCCCUUUGUUGUGCGUUGAACAGGGGGUCAUGAGAGCCGAUCACUGUCCGAUCAGCUGCUCCAGACUGGUCAGCACUUCAAGGACCCUUUAUAUACACUGUGGGGGUAUAUCUUACAUCAGCUGUUUUUUUUUUUUUACUGCAACAGGUUGAAGUUUGUUUUGCAUUUGUGUGUUUGUGUGCACAGAAUGAACCGUCUGAACACCUUGCCAAGAGGGUUCGGCUCACUGCCAGCUCUGGAAGUGUUGGACCUCACCUACAACAACCUAAACCAGAGCUCUCUGCCCGGAAACUUCUUUUACCUCAGUGAGGACACACACACACAGACACACACUAAAAAACACACACAGUGUUAAAGAAAUUUGUAAAUCAAUAAAUAAAGCGAAUGUUCAAAUUUAACUAUGUCCUUAAAAAAAUGACUCUAGUCUGACUCAUGCAAAAGGACCAUAAACGACUAACAAGCAGUCGUUUGCUUUUCAUUAUCUGUCAGUUAAUUUCACACAAAGAGAAAUCUUUGUUUACUGAAAUACAACAUGUGAAGAGUUAAAACAGCCAAUCUUAAAAGUAUUACUGCAGUUAUAUUAAAUGAACCAACCUUCCUUUGAAGUUGUCUAAUGUCCGAACAUAUUAUGAUUCACAAAUUCAGAGACAGACAUUUCUUUCCUCUGCACAUUCUCUUGCUUGCUAAAUCACACUUGGUUGUAGGUCUGAAUAGUAGCUUUGUAUGUAAACUAUAGUAUAGUAUAAUACUUUUGUAUGACAUCUCUGUUGCCGGUUUACCUCAUAAUUUUUUAUGUUAUUGUAGAUAUUAAUGUUCCAAAAGAUAGAUUAGAAAUUAUAUUCAAAUUGCAACUUUGAUUCAGAAGUUUACUGCUCUUGGUAGGUUAUAAAAGGUUUUGCUUGAGCAAGAAACUGAAAGAGUUAACUGCUCAACUCUCAAAAUAUACACAUCAAAACUGAAUAUUUGUGUGUUUUUGGAACUCAGUGAAGAGGCACUUUGGGCUGGCUUCAUACCAAACUCUUAACUUUACUCCAGGAACUGCACUUAAACAGCACUAGAAUCAAGGAAAUGAAAACAGUUUAAUUAUUUUUAAUGUGAUUUCAUUUGAACUUAAAGCUCCUGUGAGGAUUUUUUUGUCUGUGUUGAGUUUGGCGCCCCUUGUGGACAAAGUUAUGCCCCUGUACUCUUAUGAAAGACUUUCUUCAGCGCACCUACCCCCUCACAGCAGCUACAUGCAAUAAAAAUUCAAAUAUAGAACCUGUCUGUGUUAUUGUUGAUGGUCUCAUUUGCUUUUGUUCAUUUCAGUCAGUUUUGUAUCCUGUCGAAAAAUUCCUCACAGUAGCUUUAAUGAUCAGCUAUGACUCGACUAACAGAUGUGCUUGUUUUGCAGCCACUCUUCGUGCUCUCUAUCUGAGUGAUAAUGACUUUGAGGCUCUGCCUGCAGACAUUGGGAAGCUGACCAAGUUACAAAUAGUAAGCUAAUGUCAUAAUCAUUUGAUGAUGAUUUUUGAAGUCUUACAGUUUCAGUAUUUUCAUGCAUGAAGGUUUUCUUCAUAUUAAUUCACAAAAAGCAAGUGUCAAACAUCAAGUGUGAAUAAGUUUUUCUUGUUCUUCUUCUUUCCCUCCAUUUGCCGUGCUGCUCCUAUUCAGCUGAGUCUGAGGGAUAAUGAUCUGAUUUCGUUGCCCAAGGAGAUAGGCGAUUUGGCUCAACUCAAGGAGCUUCACAUCCAGGGAAACAGACUGACCGUUCUGCCACCUGAGCUAGGUACAAACCUGAAAACACGCAUGGCCUGACACGGCUAUUACAGUCAACAUCACAAGGGUGGGACUUUAUUGUGAAGAGUUUGCUGGAAAAGAUGCUCCACCUGACGGAGAUCCCUUCCAGACCCCGGGGCCUCUAUAAAUUCUGCAUAGUCAUAAUUUUUUUGUUUAUCAAAAAGUGGUGAGUUUAAUUACUUAAGUGAUAUCCAUCGAUGUCUUCUUUUCUGCAGGUAAUUUGGAUCUGACUGGUCCCAAACAGGUGUUUAAAGCAGAAAAUAACCCCUGGGUCACUCCCAUAGCAGACCAGUUCCAGCUGGGCGUCUCCCAUGUGUUUGAAUACGUACGCUCCGAGACCUAUAAGUAGUAAGUGCUAAGACACACAAACUCACCCACACACACAAAUUUACAGUCCUGCUUUAGAGAGUAUGAGCUGACGUCACACUCUUGGACAGUGCACAAAGCAAAGUCUGCAGGAAAUUAUUUUAUUAUUUCAAACUGUGAUUUAUCGAUUCUACCAUCUGAGAAAGUGUCAUUGACUCUCAUCAAAUGUGGCAACUGUGCACAAUACAACUCUCAACAUUUGUGCAGAAGUUAGGCAGCUAGGUCUGAUACUUUUACCUCAUGAAACUGUAAUAUUAUAAGAAAAUUGAUGUCAUUUAAAAUUGUUUAUUUGAAUUAUUAUCUUUUUUAAAUACCUGCAAAGUAAUUACUUUUGAUGUUUACUGGAAAAACAACCUCAAACAGAAAAAAUCCUUAUAUGAUUGUUCUGUGUGAAUAAUCUGCUGGUAUGUAAAUGUUUUAUUUUACCUGAAGCAAACAGUUUAGUACUGCAUAUUAUGAAUGAGUGAAUGAAUGAAUGAAUGAAUGCAUGCAGAAGCUCUUUGAUGGGAUAAAUCAACAUAACAUUAUGGUUUCAAAUACUUCUAUGUUAUUAUGACACAUACAAUGCUCAUAUUGUUUUUAGCUGAGGUUCUUGUCAAGUCUUGAUUAGUGAAAUUAUGGCACUUUUCAGCCUAUUUAUACCUGACAUCCUUGAAAAAUAACCUGUUUAGCUAUGUUAAGGUAGCUAGGCUUCAGAUACUAGAGCUCUAUUUUUCUUUAUUAGCGCAGACCUCUCUCUAGUCCCUCUGCUAUCUGCAUGUUCGGGGACACACACACAAACAUAAUGCACUGUCCACUGAUAUGUGAACCAUUAUCAAUAAUCUUCUGUCGCUGCAUCGAUGCAGAGUCGCUUACUUCUGUACAGCAAUGCAUCAUAAAAACGAUUAAUUUCAACACCCUUAAUUCCAGCUGACUGCUGACACCACUGAGAACUUUCUUUGCCUUGUGCUUUUUGCCGCUUGUUACAUGUAACCAAAGUGACUCAGCAGGUAAACAUUGGGUUCACUGAUGGACCGGACCUUCAGUUCUUUGUUAGAGUCUCUGAAGCAGGUUUUAUGUGAUAGCCCUCAAAAAUUAGAGUAAAGGUCCUUACACACUGGGAACAACGCAAAUAUACAACACAAAAUUACAAAAUAUUCGGACGCGAAUUUUGACACGCCUGACUAUACACAUCAAGCGCGAUGUGAUUUUGCUACUUUCUGGGUGGAAAAAAGAUGCGUCCUGGGUGGAAGUGAGAAGACUGACACAACAGCAGACUGACUGUUUUCAGUUCUGAUUAGACUCUAGUGUUGAGCUGUCUGUCUGUCAUGAUAGCAUGUACUGAGUCGGGCCAGUACCAGAUAAGCACAUUAAACUAUAAUCCAUAAACGUAAGGUAACAACCGAGACCUAAUGGUGCUGUGACGGCAACGUGAUUGAGUUUGAGACAGUGACACAUAUGGUAUGUUGUAUCUGAACAGGUUAGCUUACGAGCUAAAGUUACUAAGCACAGAUGAAAGUUAAAACAAAGACGUUUAAUAAACUGUUAAAGCACACAAACCAUCGUCAGAUGAGAAAUCCGACGUUAUGACUCUCCAUAAGUUGUCCUUCAGGUCGUUAUCUUUGUAAUAUUUGUGUUUUUUAUCAAAAAGCACUCUGUUCUCCGACAUGUAAACAAUCAGCCGGUCGGCCAUGUUGGAUAUACCGGUGAAUCUGACAUCGCAACAACACGAAACCUGAUUGGUCAGAAAUGGACACACAGUAUGUGAAACGUUAGAAAAUUCGACCAUGAUACGAAAAAAUAAAUGCCACAAUAUCGCAGGACAGGAAAAUGUCACUGAUGUGAACACUUGUAUUGACAGAUUACGGGUUCAAAAAAAAUAUUGAUGUCCGAAAUAAUCGCACGAAAAAAACGCUCCCGGUGAGUAAGGAAUUUAACUCGGGAGACUUCUCUAGCCCCCUACAAAACUGCUGUUGACGCUUUUUCUGCACUUAUCUCAGCAUAAAUAUGAGGAAAACCUCCUUGAGUGACGCCAUGUCUGUUGUUUACAUCCCACACACAGAGUUAGAGUUGUAUACGACCUGAGCUGCACAGCGUGCCUUUUGGAGGUAUCCUCCAGUAACCCACUUGUAUGUGAAUGCAUAGCUUCACAGUAAGUACAUAUCUGGCUCUAUUUUAUUGAGCAUAUUUUGUUGCUGCUGUCGAGAAGCUGAUCAAAUAAAUCAGCAUGCAUCUUCCUAACCAUAGCAUUACCAUAUCUUUAAUCAAAGUGUUGGUACCUUUUAUCUGACAUUGAAGGAGUUUGGGGAAUAAGGUUUCUUCUAAUUUGAAAAAAACUGUCAGGCUGCAAUGUCUUAUAAAAUAUCUUAGGGACAUAAAUGUUUAUUAAGGUGUAUAAAUGUGUUGUCUUGGAGAGGGAAAUGUUGCAGGUUGCACUUUAGCACAAAGCUGUAAUUUAUUCCUUUUAUCAAGCAGAAGGAGAUGCUGCAAAUCCUCAGUGUGAAUGCCUUAAACUGCUGCUCUGGGGCAUGCUGUGGAACUGAUCCCUGCACUGUUUGACUGUGUGUGAGCAAGACCAAAAGAGCGUCUCUCAACCGUAUUCCAUCCCAGCUCUUGUUUUCGUACUUGUAUGAGUGUUGCGUGCUAGUGGGUUUUCUGUCUGGGUGCAUAUCAAAAACUGUGCAGUUGAAUCAGUAGGCUCAGUCAUGGAGCUGAAUUUACAAAGAUGGCCUGUUUUUAAACUCAUCACUAUCAGAAUUCAUCAACAACUCUACAUACUGCCACACCAUGUUUAUACCAAAGAUUAACAUAUCUCUUCAAACACAGUGAAUUUUAGCGUACAUUAUUUUUAAUAUUGUUCAACCUACAUGCUAAGAUUCUUGUAUCCAUGCGUCAGAGCGAAAAAAGAUGCUUUUGUUAAGUGAAUAAAGGAGUGGAAUCUCUCUUUUGAAAGCACAUACAACAUAUUUAGUAUUGAGUUAUGAAAGAUUAUGAUAAAUACAAGUUAGUUCGAAUACAAACAGGGGACAAGUCAUCAACCGUGGCAUUUUUAAAUCCAUAUUUCCCCCAUUGAGUUACUGGAACCCGCUGGGAUGUGAUUCUGUCCUGCCAGCCAAAACAGCCGCCUUUCAUUUCUAAUGAAGGGCUAUACAUUAUAUUUAAUGACAAGCAGAUCAAACUGAACAGUCACCUGUGUCUGUCAGUCCGGAUGAUGGAGAGCCUGGCCACUCUGUCAUGGACAGCAACUCUAUCUUUGUGAUCAGUCACCGUUGACAUUAGUCAGCAUUCAUAAAAGCAGAACAUGCAUAAAUAAUCUGUCAGUUUUAUCAAUGCGCCUGCAAAAAAACACCGCAAUUGACUUCUGUCCUCAUUUGCACAGGCUGGUAUGGCUGGUGUGUGCCAUGGAAAAAGACCAGACGCACACUCACGCACGUAGAGAUGCAAACAAAUUUUUUAUCACAGGGUUCCUACGUAAGAAUGGAGAUAAAUUUGAUCAGUUUCCGGGUCUUAAAAAGCAUGGAAAAUGAAAAAUAAAGUAUGGAAAACUAUUUAUGUUUCAAGACUUUUAACACAGUUCUGAAAUAAAAAGUAGGUAUUUCCAAAAAUAAUUUGUUAACACUUUACGAUAACAAUAAUUUUUUUAAUGGUAAAUAGAUAGUUUAUUGAUGUAGGUUGAUACUUACUUUACCAUUAACAAGCAAUGCAAUUAUGAUUAAUUAUUCUUCAUUAAUUAUCAAUGGACUAUUUAUUAAAGGGUUUAAAUAUUGGUUUCAAAACAUCUAGAUUAAAAUGUGUGUCACUAGCACUUUGUAAAUGGUUAAUAUUUGGUUUUUAAACCAUCUAUAAACAUCACUUAGAUGGUUAUUGUUGAGUUAUGCAACUGAUGUUUGUACUUUGUAAAUAAUUAAUAAUUCGCUUAUAAACCAUCUAUAAACAUUACUUAGAUGGUUACUGUAAAGUAAGAGAUAAGGUUAGGUUUCUAAAAUUGUAAAAUUUGCAAUUUAUUAAUGGUCUAUAUGCUAUUUAUAAAUGAUGAUUAAACAUUAAUAAACUAUCUGCUUACCAUUUAUAAAUGGUCUAUUUAACAUUUGUGAGUUACGGAUAUUGUAAAGUGUUACUAAUCAUUUUAAAAAGUAGGGUUUGGAAAAGUACUAAAAUUUCAACUGUGUAGGAACCCUGUUGUCAUUUUUAGGAUUCUCCCCUCAAAAAAGCCCGUGUUACCACUUUUAAUGUCGUAUGCCUGUAAUGUAGACGUAAAUAUUGUUACAUGCUCAGCUUCUUUAGUUUCAUAUCUGUAGGGUUGAAGUACCUCUCUCCUGAUGGCAGCAACAUGGUACUUACUGACAGGCUAGUGUUAGAGGUGUAUAAGAGCAUGUGAAUAAGUGAAAGACUAAGACAAGAAUCACACUAUACAUAGUGACAUCUGGCAGCAGCCUGUCUUAAAGACAGGUGUGACAGAACUUUCCAAAGAUCUUCAUUGGGUCUUCACAGCUUUAUCCACACCUAACUAAUUAUCCUUCAACUUUCAACCCUGUCAACACUCGCGCACACACACAGCUGUCUGUACCACCAGUUUAGCUUUUUUAUAAUGUACGUACAAAGGAUAAUCAUGUCUGUUUGAGCCCGGAGCAGGCCAGCGAGGGUUCAGGGUGGGUGGGCAAUCGUAUUUGGACACGGUACAAGGAGCAUGUACACUAUAAAAUUUGUCUAAAGGAAUAUCUGUAAACGAUGUGUCUUAUACAGUUAUAAAAUACUAUUAUACUGCACUUUGUUUAGUGAAUGAGAAAAAGAGUAAACACUUGUCGAGUGGAAGUACAAGACACUGUUAUUGUUGACAUGGUUAUAUCAAAAUGAAAGACAUUCAGAUGAAAUGAGGGGAUAACACCAGACCUCCCGUGAGCAGUGUAAACGGGGAGUGUUACAGUUCAGAUUUACAGAUUUUUUUUAAACUACUGCCAGUUUCAGAUCUUAUAACACGUGCUGCGGCUGUUUGAGCAGCUAUAGAAACUGCUAAUUGGCUUGCCAUCAAGGAGUUUAGAGAAAGAAAGAGAGAGUGAACUGAGAAGCUUAUAUAAAGGUGCUGAGAAGAAUCCUUUAAUUUGAGGCUAUUCAAUCUUUCAGUGUCGGUGCCAUUAAUGAAACGUUACAUACAGAGUAAAAAAAAACAAACAAACAAAUAAACCUCUUAAUUUCUUCGUUAUAAACGGCGCUGAUAUUGUAAGUCAGAUUUUUAUUUUUAUUUUUGCAGUGUUAUCACCCUUACAGCCGAAUAUUAUCUUAUCUUUUUUUUGUCUUUUUCCUCUCAUUAUAUGUCAUUUUCAGCUAUUUCUGUUUGGCCAGGCCCUAAUAAGUUGCGCUGGAUUCAUUGCUCAGUCCUUCCCUCUCUGGCGCUGUCAAAUUAUGUUCACGCAUAAAUGCUUAAAAAAGAUUGCUGCACCAGGGGCCUGCAGUGAAAAGAUCUGACAAUUGGAAAGCUGGUAUUGCAACCUUGUCUAAUGUCCACCGCGCAUACCCGCAACCCCCCGCUCUCCUUUUCACAGCUAUGUGCACUGCCUGAAAAUCAGAGAUAAACUGACUCCGCUCUGUCUAUCUGCAUAUCUAUCUAAAAACUGAUGCAGAUGUGUUGAUAGAGUGAUAAAUAUAUAAUUCUUUUAUAUCAAAUUAGCCAUCCACUUAUAGUGACGUCUGCCUUUUUUAAUUGUUCUCAUUAAUACGGACAAUAGAAGAGAAAUUAGACAGAUUUUUUAACUGUAUUUACUUUACUUUUCUCUCGUCGUUCUUCAUGAAUCUUAAUUAGAAUUCUUCAUACCCUUUUCUCUCUUUCCCUGCAGUUUCCUCUCUCUUUUCCUUUUUCUCUCCAACUUUUUCUCCUUUCACAACUGUUCCUGCGUCUCUGUAAAAGAAGCUACUAAAUUGCUUGGCAGCUCUUGUGAGGAUGAGGUGGCUGUGAGACUAAGGCCCCCCCCCAUCCGAUCAAUGGCCUUUGGCCUCCUUGUGCAUUUAUCACACGCGCACUCGCUCGCACAUACAUAUUUUUAGCUUUGUUACGCACACAUACACACAUGGUAAAAGAAACCAACUUUCAGAGCUCUUGAAACACACACACAUACACACACACACACACACACACACAUGCAGAGAGAACUUUGCCAUGAUUAAUUAAGCCGUAUGGAAUUGGAGAGCUUUAUAAAGACAUCAUCAGGAAUCUGAAUCCAUUCGCCUCUCUUCUUUUGCUUUUAAUUGGCCGUAACAGUUCAUCACCCACACACACACACACACACACACACACACACACACACACACACACUCACACCACACUCACCCACACACACACAUACUAACCCAGUUCGAAGAAAUGGGAAAUCUUUAUGUUGAUCUGCAGCCAAAACUGUUGGUGCUCUGUAAUGGUGGUACAACAGGAUGAUGAAUCUUUUUUUAUUAUUUUUUUAUCGGUAAACAAGUCUUUUAGUUGGAUGUUGCAUGUUCAGGCGAGUUGUAGCCUUUUUAGCCCACAAAGAACAAAGAAGAAGAAACUAACAGGCCUCGUGUCGACUGUUAUAAUCUAAAUUGUGUAGAGUUUCAGUGAAAUUGAGGAGAAAAGGAAACCCUGGCCUCAGGUAAAACUUGUCAAAUGGGUGGAGCUUCCACUCUCCAAGAUUCAAACCUGAUCUAACAAACACUUGGUGGUACGCUCUCAGAACUGGUAAGUGUCUCUGGACACUUGGGAAUGUAGGAUCUAAAAUGACGAUUUCCAAUAAGAGUACGAUCCGCUGCGACUGCUGAUUCACAGCCAUAUCUGCUUCCCUCAAUUAUACAUUAAGUUUAUUUGUCCACUUUUUGCACCAGUCCAGCUUUAAUUUUUCACUGAUAAAUUGUGGAGCUGCAGAGGAACCACCAUGCUUCUGAAGUUUUAUUCCACUUUGCCUCUUCAGUCUGUAACUCUCCUCCGUGCUGCAGCUCUUGCAAAUAAUCUCAGCUCUCUCCCUCUGUGCGCUCCCAUCUCUGUCUUCUUUUUCUAAGCUGAUGAAAGUGAAGUGAGAGAAAAAGAGAAAGAGAGAGAGAGAGAGAAAGUGAUGACAGCGUCCUGGUUGCUGUACUGGUGUUUAUGUCAGAAAAGUAAGUCUCUAGUUUCGGCCUCUUUCUCCUGCACUUUGAGUGAAGGCAGAGUCAAAGAGUCCGUGUCCCUGAUGUGAUGUAAUUUUAUUCAGUAUUGGGGGGAAAAGUGGUUUUCUUGAAGCUUAAGUGAAAAUAAAAACACUUUCUCCUCUUAAUUUUUUGCAGCAGAUGUAAAGAGAUCAGAUUGACCCUUGGUUAUUCAGCGUGUCGUACGUCAAACCAAUCCAGUUCCAAUAUGAGCCGUGUUGCUGUUUUUAUUCUUUAUUCUUGAUAAAUCAGACUUUUAUCAUGUGAUGUAACUCCCCAUGCUCUAUUGUGACCCUCAACAUGCAGAACACACAGGAAUAAAGACUCUUAUUGGCUUUGUGGACUCAUGAAGAGCUCUGUGCUGCGGCUCACAGGCUCCAUAAACCUUGAGAGGAGGUUUGGAAGCACUGCAGCUACUGUAGCCUCGUGGAGUUAUUGAAUGAGUCAAAUAAAGUUUGACUUAUCUGACUGUUUUGUUUGGCUUUAUGCGCUUUAUAAUCCAGUGCGCCUUAUGUAUGAAAAUAGACGCGUUCAUUGAUGGUGCACCUUAUAAUCAGACGCCUUAUAGUGCGAAAAAUACGGUAACUAGCCUGAUAUUUCAACUUUUAUGUUUUCAUGCAUCACUUUCAGACUGGUCCUGUUUCGACAAUAUGAAAGUGAUGCAUCAUUAUGUUAUCUUAGUGCAGCUUUGUGUAAUUCUGCAGAUCAUGCUAAAGAGACUAAGUGGACUUUCUGACCCAAAACUCUGAACUGAAACAGUUUCUGUGAAGUGAGGCCAAUCUUUGUGUGAAGUUUUAAGGAUACAGUCGUUCUGUGCUGUGGACUUUCUUCUUUUCUUUCUUUGGUCACGUGUUUUAAAAUCAGAAUAAGACAUUAUGGCUCUCCCUGUAUGCUCUCGUUUUCACGUUUCUCUGUGACAGUCCUGGAUUGUAAGAUAUGCUAUAGCUGGACUGCGCUACAACAUAUAGCAGUACUGAAAGGGAAUUAUUAAAGCCAUUUUAAAACAUUGAUUUUCUAUUUUUUUCUUGUUUGAAGGAACACUCCAUCAAUUAGGCUGCAUUAUCCUCUCCUCUGUGAAUUGAUUCGUCUUUGUCCUUUAUGACACACUGAAGGAUAGUCCCCCUCCUCCACUCCUCCUCCUCUUCCCCCUAUAUCCUUCUUCCCUUGAUCUAUCCAUCACUGCUGGGAACAAACAAUUAUGCCAACUCUGGCAUGUAAUGGUGUCACCAAGUGUGCUGCAUUCAGUGUUAAUUCAUACAUCUGUUUUAGAUUUAGUUGUUAGUAAAAACGCCUGUUAACUUGGAUCAUAUUUGGAGUCAUUUUUGGCCUUUGGUGUCAUUUCAAUCAAUAAGAAGUCAUUACUUUUAGUCAAAGCGUUUUCUCUUUUUGAACUCAUUUAUUCAGCCAAUUAGCGUCUGGAUUGUACCAAGUGUCUAAAUCUGCAACUUUUCACCCCUUUACGCUUCUACUUGAGUUGGAUUUUUAUUAUGAGAGAAAUCCACAGAUAAAUGUUUGUACCACAGCAGUUUUGUCUUGAAAAUGAAGCUCAGUUUUACUGUAUUGAUCACACAGCUACAGCUUUACAUCAUGUGAGAGGGUCACUGUAAAUUAAUGCUUAUGCCAGCCACCAUGUGCCACUGUUUCCUGCACAGGAUCAGGCAUAACAUUAAGACCGCUGACAGGUAAAGGGAAUAAAACUGAUUGUCUCUACAUGGGAUCUAUUUGUCCUCUAAGUUGAUGUGUUAGAAGCAGGAGAGAUGGGCAAGCGUAAAGAGAAGAACGGGUUUGAAGAAGGCCAAAUCCUAAGGGAAAUGGAGCGUAUACGCCCCUUUUACACCAUUACACCCACAGUUUCUUUUGCUCCUGCUAUCAAAAACGUACAUGGCUAACUACAUGGUGAAGAGAAUGCCCUUUACUGCUUUAUUUGUGGGGGUAUCAGACCUAAAACAGUGGAUUGAAGCCCUCAGGGAUGUAAUUCUCCUGAAAUACCACAUUUUAAAUUUGAUGUAAAAUUUGGCCAGGGUCAGCAAAAGCUACAUAGUCAUGGAUAUGGAGAGUAUUUAUAAUGAUUUAGAGAUUAAGAUCGAUUUAAAGGUGCAAAAGUAAAUACAUGCGCAUUACCGGGGUCAGGUGGCAACUAGGGCUGGGCGAUAAAACGAUAACAAUAUAUAUCAAAAAUUUAUUUCCCUCAGUAUCAAUAUAAAACAUGGUCAGUAUCCUUUACAAUAGUCGGCAUUCUGCCAUGUUUUGGUAGACUAUUCUAAUAGCCAAUGAAAAGGGGAAUUGCUCUGGGUCUAUGUUACGCUGAACCAAUCAUGUGCUGAAUUAGAACCAAGUAGCAAACAACUGUGUAGUAGCAGGCUGCAGCUACACGCAACCAUAGCACUUUAACACGUGAAGCUAACAGCACUGUCGAUGAGAAAAAAAGAAAAUAAGUGCUACCCCUUACAGAAAUGCAGAUAAAGGCUCAACAGAUGGUGAUAUUGUCGACAACACUGGCACGAAAACGUUGGUGGUGUGGAGGUAUUUUGUUUUUUUGUGGUCGGACAUGAAGCAGAGUGAUGUGCACUGUGAAUUAUGUCGAGUACAUGUUCUCUCAAAGUCGGAAAAUACCUCAAAUCUUUUUCACCACCUGAAGCAGUGCCACGUGGCAGAGCACACACAAUGCAAAGGGAGCCCAUGGCACAUGUGCAGCCGAAAAAGCCCACCAUUCAGUCCGCUUUCUCUAGCACUACACCUUAUGACACAACGUCGAAGAGAUACAAAGAUUGCACAGAUGCAGUAGCUCAUGUAUUACAAAAGAAAUGCUACCAAUAAAUACUAUUAAAUUUAUUUUUUACAUUGUGAUAUAUAUUGAUAUCGACUGAUAUAAAAAAUAUAUACAGUAUAUCGUGAUAAACUUUUUCCCAUAUCGUCCAGCCCUAGUGGCAACAUUAAAUGCACCAACCAUUUCUAUCAGCUGUUAUUUUUUAUGCCAACUCCAUGUAACUGAUGCUUAAAUCUUUCAGUCUGGACUGAUUAGUAGACCGCCAACUAACUGACAACAUGGAAAGGGGUUUUCUUCCCCCUGGGAUAUCCUGCCAACGUGGCUGAAACUGUCAACUGUUCCAAGACCCUGCUGCUUCCAGACACUCGGCUACUCCCAGGAGUUGUCCGGCAGCAUGCCCCCAUCCCAUCGCCUCCUCUGGGGCUUGGCAACCUAACUGGCGUGGCACUUUGUAGAGUCUCAGAUCCCCCCUUUUAUGUAUGUCCGUAAAAGACCAUAGGUAAUAGAGACAGGAGACGGGGUGGGGUUAUAAAACUGGAAAUUUGCGUACAUUGAUGACAGCGAUGAAAAUGUUUUUCUAGAUGAGCAAGCGUGUUACAACGGAGAGUAGUUGCCUCCUGCUGGAAACCAGUUACUCCUCCGGCUGUAUCCGUGUCUCUUACUUCAUCUCUCCGCUCCUCCUGUCUGUCUCUGCUGUAGGGCUGCAGUGGUUUUGAUGGGCAGCAGAUAUUAGGGAGUUUGGCAGCAUUUAAUUCCCAGUUGAUAGUGUUGACAUGAGAUGGAGGCAAAAGAGAGGAAAGGAAAAUACAAGGCACUUCAAUCACAGGCUGACAGUGUGAGUGGAGUGAGUGUGCGUAUAUGGUGUAUGUAUGUGUUUCUAGGUACAGAUCUUGAGUCUUUUCCCAGAAGGGACAAUGAACUAACUCACUUAAAAACCCUGCAGGACACAAUGAGCUCACAAUUACAGCACCCAGACAACCUCAAAUAACUCUGAAUACAAUAUAAAAAGCCUCUCUGCGUAAAAAUCACAGAUUUACACAAAAGAGAUUUGUAAAAGGAUAACUGCUUUGGGAAAAAAAAGUGUCAUCCUUUCCUUAUACAAGCAUAACAAACCAAACCAUCCCAGCUAGUAUACUACCACUUAGACUGCGUGUUUGUGUGUGGAUGUAAAAGCUACUUUUGCUUUUUCCAAGACAGAACCAGCCUAAUGCAAAAUGUUUUAGAGCAAGGGUCCUAUUAUUGUAUCUAUGCAUGACCCAAAGAUGCCGUACUGAAUGAAUAAAACACCCAGUAACAGUAAAGUUGUAUCGGGACACCCCUAAUCCUCAAUAUCAUUAUUGCAACAAUUUUGUUGUCAUAUCAUUAUUACUGUUCUUAUCUUAAUGUAUCAUAUUGUAUUGUUCUGUGUCGUAUCCUAGCUAGGGGUUUCCCAAAAUUAUACUGACAUCAGUCUGAUAUCAGCAAAGAAAAAAAACAAAUACCGGAUUAUAUCAGCCUACAUCUAAAAUCUCCGAUAUCAGCACUCUGAUACUAGCAGUCCAUUCCAGACUCCGCUCUGGCACCUCUAUCUAGCAGUGCCCAGAUCCAGCAUGUGGAGCCCACCAAAUCACAACAACAGUGUGUACUUAAGUACUAGCAAAGUAGCAAGGACUAGGAGCGAUGUUGGCCUUGUGGCAGUAAUUUUCAUUGAAGUCCGAAAAAGAUGUUGCAGCUGAGCGAAAAACUUGUCAUGCACAAUUUUGUGCCAAUAUCAGAUCAGUAUCGGUCAAUAUAGAAGGCUACAUUAUCAGUAUCGUAUCAGAAGUCAAAAAGUUGUAUUGGGACAUCCCUGAUUAUAAUGCGCUUUAUAAUGCCAGUGUUUAUGUGUUAUUGUGUGCAUAUAUGUAAGUAUUCAUAACAAUAAUUAUAAAUCACCUUAACACAUGCUAUAAUGACCACUCAUUGUGUUUUUUAAAGGUCAGGGUGUGUUAAGAUUUCAUACAUUUUAACUAUUUCAUAACAUAUUAUAAACUCUAAUAAGAUGCAUUAUAAUGGGACUAUAAGUCACUGUAUGUGGUCAUUGUUUGUUUUCAGUGAAGUCAUUAAAUAACACAAAAUCGACACCAAUUUUUUUAAAAAAUUUUUACAUUCAUUUUAAACAUUUGAUGACCAAUAAUCCAUACACUUAUUGACACACUGUAGUGACAAUGUUCGACUCUCAGACAGGACUUAUUGCUGCUUGCAUGUCCUCCCCCGCUCUCUCUACUCCCCACAUUUGUCGUCUCUCUAUCCAAAAGGAAACGGCAAAAACGCCCCAAAACAACUUCAAAUGAGUAAUAGUUGUGUCUGAAUUUGAAUAAAUAAAUUAAAUCAUAAAUUUUCCUCUGGAGGGAGCUUAAUUCUUUAUCCCUGAUGAGAAAAAUUGAGUUUGAACACUCAAACAUUUUGGGUUUUUUUUAAUAGAAAAUCUGGUAUUUAAACCCGAGCGAAGCACGGACAUAUAAGGGGAGGAGACACAAAAGCACAACUAUCUGUGAAACAGGCUGCAGGGAAGAAGAAAGAGACACCAAGAUAAAUAAAAGUCUUUUCCACUCCAAUGAGCCCUCUCUCUCCUCUGUGUGAGGGGGAGACUCGCGGGAGAGGAAAGUGACAGACGAAGGGGCAGUGGGGUUGGGGGAUGCGGGGUGUGGACUUGUCUGCUUGUCCACUGCUGGGCGGUAAUUGACACUACAUUGAAAACGGACGAUCAUUACAGACUCCAAAACUGUUGUUCCACUAUUUAUGAGCAUACACUUUGCAUGCUGUGUUAGUUUGGUUGUAUUUCAUCAGUAUUAGGCUGUUCAGGGUCUCAGUGAUUGUCUCAGUGAUUGUGUGCUGCGAAGGUUUGGACCACACUGCCAUGACUAGACAUGAUGAUUGAGACAAACCAGGAUGUUACUUCAUGGGCUCAUCUUCUCCGAGUGUUAUGAGCUCAGGAGUUUGAGUCAUAGAAGCAGAGAUGUGUGAUUCACAAACAAAUAUCUGAUGGUUAUGUGACACUGAACAAAGCUCUCCCCUCUCCUCUUUUCAGUCUCUAUGGCAGACACAUGCAGGCCAACCCAGAACCUCCAAAGAAGAGCAACGACAAGACGAAGAAGAUCAGCCGGAAACCCCUGGCAGCCAAAAACAAAUAAAGAGGAGACGAAGAAUAUGGACAAAUACUCUCCAGACUGCGCCAGACUCACUGCAUGUGCCUUUUUAAGAAACACAUCACAUCUGAAUCAAAGAUUUUUUUAAACUUUCAGUGAAAUAUUGUCGGGACUUUCUUUCCACUGUGCUUGAGUCCAGAUGGAUGUUUUCUUUUCUUUAUUUUUUAACUACUUUUAUCUGUUUUGUCAUUGUCUUUAUUUACCAAAACUGUUUGGACAUACAGGUGGGUUUUGGUAACACAUGACCACCAUUGUCGCUUAUAUAUGCAGAUACUGCCGCCUGUGCUUUAAGGUAAUACUGUUACAUAUGAUACCAAAGGCAAAAAAUGAAUAUGGGGAAGUCCAGUGACCUUUGGAAACAUUUAGGAUGUUAAGAGGGUAGAUUGGAGGGCAUCACUGUUGUGUUUCUGCCUUUGAAAGUUAGAGACAAAUCAAAGAUGUCCACUUGAUUAACAUUAUCACAUUCCGACUCCUGCAGCUCAAACAAAUUGUCCAUCGUCUAUAAGAAGCUAUUUUUCAAUUUUAGAGACAUUUUAAGUAUUUUUUUAAGUCUCAAAGCAUGAGGAAGCCAUAUUUCCCCUUAGCUUUUCUAAUACUUUACUUGACCCAGUUCAACUGCUUUUCUAUCCGGCUUUGUUUCAUACUUUUAUCGCCUUAAUAUAAUACGUAUUUCACUCACCUUAGCUAAUCAUUUGCCUGAUUUAAUGUGUUAUUAACCCGUCUAUUCCUGCUGUCAAAUCACAAGAAAAGAAAAUGUAGCUUUGCAAAUAAGAUAUUUGGACAUUAGGAUUAAGUGGUGGACCAUGGGGGCAUUUAGUAAACACUGAGCAGUGUUGUUCUUUACUUUUGAACAAGACUCAGUCCUGAAAACAAUAACCGUAAUAAUAACCAAACACCUGCAUUUGUCUGUGUCUAUUAAUCUCUGAGAGCAUCAUAAAUCCAUUUCAGGUGUUCAUGAACUCUUGUGUUUGGGCUCUAAUGCUGCGUUUCCCUGUUUUGUUACUUUGCUAGCUGUGCUAAGUGUCCGUUACAUUUCAAAUAAAGGAGAAUAUAUAAAUAUGAAUUAUUUUAUCAUGCUUUCUUUUACAUCAUCUCUGUAUCAAACAUUUCAAAUAAAAUACAUCUGCACUAA